UAUAAGGUAUUCUUAUUCACACAGUACUCAAUUUUCUACCGAAUCAAAUGAAUUUAGUAACAUAGUAACAAAGGUGUUUGGGGAGGGAGAAAAUUUGAAUGUCGGGAACCAGCAUUAGCAGCAAGAUCAACCCUUUCCACGGCGGCGACGGCAUCUUCAUCCUCCUCUCUCUGUUUCACAAACACACCACCCUUCACCAUUUGAAGCAAAUUCACUCCGUCCUCGUCACCUCUGGCCUCUCACACAACUCUUUCUUCCUCGACCAACUUGUGACUACCAUUGCAGCAUCUCAGCCUACCCAUCUCGCCUACGCUUCGCUACUCGUCGACCGCAUCGAAGCACCCGUCACUCACCUAUGGAACUCCAUCAUCAGAGCAUUCUCUGCGAGUUCACAGCCUCGGAGGUCACUCCUUUUUUACUCAAAAAUGCGCACGACUGGCGUUGCUCCGGACAAGCACACCUUCCCUUUGCUUCUCAAGUCAUUUUCCAAGUUGAAAAACGAAAACCCAUUUCAGUUUUACGCUCACAUAGUCAAGUUUGGAUUGAGUUCUGACCAAUUUGUGAAGAAUUCGUUGAUAUCUGUGUUUUCUGGUUGUGGGUGCUUAGAGUCUGCCUGCCAGGUGUUUGAUGAAAGUACCCAGAAGGAUGUGAUUUCUUGGACUGCAUUGAUUGACGGGUAUGUCAAAAAUGAUCGGGCUGUGGAAGCAAUGAAGUGUUUUAUGGAGAUGAGAUUGAUGGGAAUUAGAGUCGAUGAGGUGACGAUUGUUAGUGUUCUUUGUGCUGCCGGAAUGGCUGGCGAUAUUUGGUUGGGACGCUGGCUUCAUGGGUUCUAUGUAGAAACAGGUAGAGUACAAUGGGAUGUCUACAUUGGUAGCGCUCUUCUGGAUAUGUACAUGAAGUGCGGCUACCAUGACGAUGCUCGUAAAGUUUUUAAAGAAUUGCCAAUUAAAAAUGUAGUUUCUUGGAGUGCUUUGAUAGCAGGUUAUGUGCAAUGGGCACUGGAUCAAGGAAGGUCGGUUCACGGUUAUAUAUAUAGGCAUAAAAUACAAGUGAACUCAUUACUUGGAACGGCAUUAGUAGACAUGUACGCAAAAUGUGGGUGCCUUGGUGAAGGUCUAUCUGUUUUCCAAAAGUUGCCAACCAAGGAUGUCUUUGCUUGGACUGCCGUAAUUAGUGGUUUGGCAAUGGGUGGUAAUGCUUUAGACGCAUUGAACUUCUUCUCGCGUAUGUUACAGAGUGCUGUUCUACCUAAUGAAGUUACUUUCAUCGCUGUGCUUAGUGCUUGUUCUCAUGGAGGUCUUGUAGACAAGGGAUGUAAGCUUUUUGAAUCGAUGAAGGAGGUUUUUCAUUUGGAGCCUAAUGUAAAUCACUACGGUUGCAUGGUUGAUUUACUUGGUAGGGCUGGGUACUUGGAGGAAGCACUAAAAGUUAUCGAGGACAUGCCAAUGGUGCCUUCAGCUGGUGUAUGGGGAGCUCUGCUCGGUGCCUGUAUGAUUCAUAAGAAUUUUAAACUAGGAGAACUUGUCGGAAAUCAUCUGAUCAAUCUACAGUCUGAUCAUAGCGGAAGAUAUGUACUUCUGGCAAACUUGUAUUCGACAUGGAAUAAAUGGGAAGCAGCUUCUGGCAUAAGGAAGCUCAUGAAAGGGAAACGCGUCGAGAAGAUAACAGGGUGUAGCUGGAUCGAAGUGAAUGGUGCAGUUUUCGAGUUUACUGCAUUCGACGAAUCGCAUUCUGAAUCGGAUGAUAUAUAUGUGAUGUUGGACAACAUGUUCUUCCAACUGAAACGGGCUGGUUAUGUUCCAGAUGCUAACCUAUUUGGGUUUGACAUUGAUUAAAGUUGACGAGGGUGAUCACUGGUCAGAUUUGAACUUUUA